UAAAUAUGUUUGUAGGACGACCUUUGGGACAUCGUAUUAGGUUUCAGUGAACUUCUAGCUGAUAAUUUCAACAUUCUGUAGUUGAAUUGCGUAGUGAUGAAAAAAAGUUUCCUUAAUACGACCAAGCUAGCCUGGGAAACUUCCAUGUUUACAUAUGAUAUCGAUCGACGACGUGACAGUAAAACUAAACAGACUUUUUUUAAUCAUCGUAAACAUAACCCGAACUGAUAAAAAGUCUUGAUAUUUAAAUAGAUCAAUUUCAAAACUACUAGCGCAGUUUAUGUCCUUAUUUUCGCUCUCAACAGAGCACAUCAUGACCAAUCCAACAGUUCCUGAGUAUUUGUAUCAUUUAAUUCCGAAUGGAUUGACGCUCGUAUUUUCCGUAACGUGCCUCAUUUCAGUGACUCUUGGAACGGCAUUAUUUCGACGUCACAAGUAUAUGAAAUUGUGCGAAAAAAUUCCGGGACCUCCUGUGCAGCUUCCGCUUUUUGGAAGCUUCACCGAACUGUUCCUCGAACGUCACAAAAUACUUCCUCACUUUAUUAACUUGUACUACAAAUGGGCCAAUGAAAAGUCCCUAAUGCGGUUAUGGAUCGGACCAAUUCCCUGGUUUGUUCUCGGUUCAGCUCAAAGCACAGAGGUGAUUCUUGGUAGCAACAAAAUAAUUGACAAGAGUCGAGCGUAUGAAUAUCUUUAUCCUUGGUUGGCCACUGGCUUGUUGACGAGCACAGGGAGCAAAUGGCAUAAGCGUCGCAAGUUGCUAACCCCAGCUUUCCAUUUUAAAAUUCUCGAAGACUUUGUUCACGUGUUCAAUGAACAGAGUGCCGUACUCGUUGGAAAACUAAGCGAGAAAGUCGGUCAGGAAUUUGACAUUUUCCCGUACAUCACUCUGUGCACGUUGGAUGUCAUUUGUGAAACGACUAUGGGGCGUCACGUCGAUGCCCAAAGCAAAAGUGACUCUGAUUACGUCCAAUCUGUUUACAAGAUGACUCAAAUUAUCCUGGCGAGACAAACUCAGCCAUGGCUUCAACCAGAUUGGCUCUUUCGUCUUUCCUCUCUCGGAGCUGACCAAAAGAGAUGUCUGUCGAUCCUUCACAACUUCACUGAUCAGGUUAUCCGGGAGCGGAAAGCGAAACACAGGAAAAUCGGUCAACAACGUCAAGAGGAUUCACCGGAAAAAGAUAACGACGAAUUUGUUUCAAAGAAACCGCGUUUGGCUUUUCUCGAUCUUUUGAUCGAAGCAUCGCAAGAUGGGAAAGUGCUCAGCGAUCUUGACAUUCGUGAAGAAGUUGACACCUUCAUGUUUGAAGGUCAUGAUACCACGGCGGCAGCUAUCAACUGGUCUCUAUUUCUUAUUGGAGGCAAUCCUGAAGUGCAGGAAAAAGUGAGUGAGGAACUGACACGAGUAUUCGGCGAAUCUGAUCGUCCAGUCACCAUGGCCGAUUUGACCGAACUGAAAUAUCUCGAGUGCUGCAUCAAAGAAGCCCUGCGUCUUUAUCCAAGUGUUCCUAUUUAUGCGAGGGAAUUGAUGGAAGACACAAAUAUUUGCGGAUAUACACUUCCCGUUGGAGCUACAGUUUUGAUCGUCCCCUGUAUUAUUCACCGCGAUCCUACCUACUUUCCCGAUCCGGAGAGUUUCAAGCCGGAGCGUUUCUUUCAGGAAAACAUUCAAGGUCGACAUCCGUAUGCCUACGUCCCUUUCAGCGCUGGCCCGCGCAACUGCAUCGGACAAAAGUUCGCAUUGAUGGAAGAGAAGAUUAUCCUCGCUUCCGUGUUACGUCGUUUUCACAUUAAAUCCUUGGACAAGCCAGAAGAUUUGCCCUUGUUGAUCGAAGUCAUUCUUCGUCCACGAGACGGAAUUCGACUACAAUUGACUCACAAGACGUUGUUAAAUAACUAAAGGUUGUUAAACCAAACCGAGUUUGAUUGAUCGUAUGCCUAUCUGCUGGAGAAAUAUGCCAGAUUAUUUUAGGAAUAUAGACAAAGGCAAUAAAGUUUGCACACUUA